AUGCCAAGAAGUAAAGGAAAGAUUUUAUAUAUUGAAAAUGAUACUCAAAGGAAAGCCACAUAUAAGAAGAGACAAAAAGUAGCGUUUAAAAAGGCUCAAGAAAUUAGUACUUUGUGUGAGUGUGAAGUAGCUGGCGUCAGAUAUAGUGAGUACCACACAAAACCUAUGGUAUAUCCAAAUUAUGAAGAUGCAGUAGAAACUUUUAGGAAGUUUGAGGCGCUUCCACUAGCUGAUCAAUCAAAAAACAUGAUGACGACAGAAGAGUUUAUCAAGAAAAUUAUAAAAAAGAAGGAGGAACAAUUAUAUAAGCUACAAAAGGAAAAUGAUAUCAAAGAAAAGACAAAUAUGAUGCAUGAAGUGGUAAAUGGAAAAAAGAUUAUUUCCAUUGACAUGAAAACUAAUGAUCUUAAUGAUCUAAUGUAUGUCAUGAAACAAAAUUUGAAAUUUUUUCGCAAACUGAAAAUUAAAGCUGAUGAAGAGGGUUCUGCCUCUCAACCAAUUUCUUCUAGUGGAACCAACUCCGAGGGUCCAACAUCUCCUACUUUAUUGGUCCCUCAAGUGGAUCCACUAAUAACAAUUCCUUCAUCUCCAAUGCUCCAAGAAUUAAUGUAUUCUUCUACACCUCAACAAAGGCCCCCUAUAAUGGCUUCUCCAAUUGCUGCUUCAGUAAUACCACAAAUGGACUCUUCAAUGAAUAACUAUCAGAACCAUUCUGUUGGAUUUCCACAAAGGUCAGCGUCAUCAGAGUCAAUCGAGUGGGAUGAUGAUAGUAUUAUGUCUUUUUUUGAUGAUUCAUAG